AUUCUCAUUCAGCGCGAGUGUAUUUCUGUGCACGUUGGCCAAGCCGGAGUUCAGAUUGGUAACGCUUGUUGGGAGUUGUACUGCUUGGAGCAUGGAAUCCAGCCUGAUGGCCAGAUGCCCAGCGACAAAACAAUCGGUGGAGGAGAUGAUUCUUUCAACACAUUUUUCAGCGAGACUGGAGCAGGAAAACACGUUCCUCGCGCCGUCUUUGUUGAUUUGGAACCAACCGUCGUCGAUGAAGUUCGCUGUGGUACCUACAGACAACUUUUUCACCCUGAUCAGUUAAUGACCGGCAAAGAAGACGCUGCUAACAACUAUGCUCGUGGGCACUACACUGUUGGGAAAAGCAUUAUCGAUCAAGUUCUUGAUAAGAUAAGAAAACUGGUGAAUGCAGCCAUUGCAACAAUCAAGACCAAGAGAACCAUUCAGUUUGUAGAUUGGUGUCCUACUGGAUUUAAGGUUGGAAUCAAUUACCAGCCCCCCACUGCUGUUCCUGGAGGAGAUCUGGCCCGAGUUCAACGUGCUGUGUGUAUGUUGAGUAACACCACAGCUAUUGCUGAGGCCUGGGCCCGACUGGAUCACAAGUUUGAUCUGAUGUAUGCAAAGCGUGCGUUUGUCCACUGGUAUGUGGGUGAGGGUAUGGAGGAAGGAGAGUUCUCUGAGGCUCGUGAAGAUUUGGCAGCAUUGGAAAAGGAUUAUGAAGAGGUCGGAGUGGAUUCGGCUGAAGACGAAGGGGAGGGGGAAGAUGAUGAGUAUUAAAAAUCUUCAUCUGCUGGCUUGGGUGUGUGUGGGGGAGGGGAGGAGCAGGGGAAGUGUUGUCGAAGCAAAGUAACCUUGAUUGGCAUCUUGUUGCCAAACGAGACUC